UAUUAGUGUCAACAAUAAAACACUGAUAAACUAAACUGAUAACUAAACAAUCUGUCUAAAUUAUCAGAUGCCUAUGAAUUUGGCAAAUUGUCAAAGAAGUGAUGAUAUUAAAGGGGUAAAAUCACAUGAUGUGAUCAACUGAGGAUGUAGGCGAUUUUACCAUAGGUGGCCGGCGUCAUGAGGAGAUAAUUUAGGCUAAAAAACAAACAAUUUUGACAAAAAAUGAUACAGGCGAUUAUUUUAACAGUGUGACGAUAUUAGGAAAUGGAACAACCUCACGGAUUUUGGACACAAACUCAGGUAUAAAUGACUCGGCUCACGAGUGACUCGGACUCCAAAUUGGUGACUCGACUAUAGCACUCCCACAGACAAAUAAACCUUUGGCAAAGUAUUCAAAACCACUUUUGUGGUAGUUCCUGCACCUUUAGGAGUCUCCAGGACACCAAGGUCAAAACAAUGGAAACCACUCACUGUUGUGGAUUCUAAUAAUGCUCCUUCAAAAGAUUAACAAUUCUUUUCCAUAACUAGGCUAGCUUUGGAUUCCAUAUUUGCACUUGGGUCCUUGCUACAUUCUGACAAAAUCAUAUUAAUAAAUGACUAAUAAUAAGACCCAUUAGUAAUGUUGGUACGCUAAUUUAAACUCUUUUAAACAAGGUUUGCAGAUCCAAAGCAACAUUUUUUCUCUAAACAGUGGCUCUUUGGUUAGCUAAGGUUGCCGACCCCUGACCCACACAAUAAGAGAAUAAUAGAAAUUAAAUGAUAAGCUAAAAGCAUGAAUGUGCUCUUAUAACUGUCCUGAUGCCUUUGAGUGUCCCCCUGUUGUCUCUGCACUGCACCUCACGGGGACAACACACCUGAAUGAAGACGCUCCACCCUGUGCAGCGCUGACCUCAUGCUUUGUAAUCUCUUUAUCUGUGCUGCUCAGCCAGCGUCUAAAGGGGCCAGAGCUAAUCCCUAUGGGAACAUUGGGUAAUAGUAUUGCAUAACAUUUCAUCUUCACAGAAGCCAAGAGAUCAACCUUAGCUGCAUAACAACCAUGUUCCUAACACAGGUGUGCUUUGCUGCACCUGCAAACCAAACCACACCACUCGUACUGUAAAUACUGGGGACACAAAUGCAUGUGCACAUUUUGUGGUCUUUUGCAUCCUUGCGGCCUCAUUUUUGCCGCCCUGCACAAUAAUAACUAUUUGAUGGGAUUGGCUCAGACCCAAAUGAAGCCAGGAUUAGAGUUCAUGACACCACCUUAAUCCUUCAUCAUUGAAGAGCAGAGGCAGAGGUGAGCUGUGAGGGGUGUGGCCAGGGAAGCUCGACAAUCCGUUCCCUUGUCUCAAACAGACGUGCCCCCUCCCCUCCUGAGUUGUUGGCCAUCGGUGUACAGUAGUCUGUCAGAGAGGACAGAGGAGCAAUGAGGGCAUCAUUCUGCUUGGUGCAUUGCAACGUUCUGCAAUGAUCUUGACACAAACCGUCAGACUUCAGCAUGUAAGUGAAGGACAGUCGUUUUUCUAGGUCCUUCUGGGCCAAAACAACUUCAUAUUGCUGUGUGCGAUGGAUUCUAUGGCCGGGUGUUGAUGCAGAGCUGCGGUUUGGAAACUUGAUGACCUUUUCGUCACCCUGCUGCAGAGAUGCCUGGAAGCCAGUACCAGGUGACAAAAACCACUCGUCACCACAGCCUCUACAGCCUGACGGACAGCUCUGAAGUGGGCCCGGAGGAUGAUGAGUCCGAGUCCAUGCCGUCCCUCACCCCCCUGCAGAAGCUCACCACCGACAUGUGCAAAGACGAGAAGACCAUCAAGGACCUGAUCAUAGGCCGCAGGGUGGGCUUCUACAAGGUCCGAGGGGAGAUCGGCUCCGGGACCUUCUCCAGGGUCAAACUGGCCUUCCAUGCUCUGACUAGAGACAAAGUGGCCCUAAAGAUCCUGGAUAAGACCCGGCUGGACAGUCACGCCCAGCGUCUGCUUUCCAAAGAGAUCAGUAGCAUGGAGAGCCUGGCGCACCCCAACGUGGUCUGUCUGUACGAGGUGGUGGAUACGCCAAGUCGCCUCUUCCUGGUGCUGGAGUACGCAGGAGGAGGAGACCUCCACAACAGGAUCUGCACUGAGGGAAAACUGUCUGACAACAUCAGUAAGAUCACCUUCGCACAGAUCCUCUCUGCCAUCAAAUACAUGCACAACAGCAACAUCAUUCACAGGGACCUGAAGGCGGAGAACGUUCUUUUCACCAGCUCCGGCUGUGUGAAGGUGGCAGACUUUGGAUUCAGCACGCGGGUUUCGAACCGCAACGACGCCCUGGACACCUUCUGUGGCUCGCCGCCCUACGCCGCCCCAGAGCUCUUUAAGGACGAGUGCUACCUGGGGCCCCCAGUGGACGUUUGGGCAAUGGGGGUCCUGCUCUUCUUCAUGGUGACAGGCACUAUGCCGUUUCGUGCAGAGACCAUGGGGAAGCUGCGGCGCUGCAUUAUUGACGGCAUCUACACCCUCCCUCCCUGGGUGGCGGGCCCCUGCCAGAGGCUCAUCAAGGGCAUCCUGAAGGUGGCCCCCGCUGACCGCUACGCUGUGGACCAGAUGCUGGGCUGUGAUUGGCUCUUACCUGUGGAGUAUCCUUGGGCGUUGGUGCCUCCCGAACCAUUGAGCCCUCUGCAGGGCCUGCUGGAUUCCCAGUCUGGGAGCAUGGAGGAAGAGAUGGAGGAGGAGGUCAAGGGCUCCCUGGAGGAGCUGGGCUUCACCACGGAGCACCUGCGGAACAAUCAGCCCAAAGACAGCCGCAGCCCCGUCACCGGGGUUUAUCGGAUCCUGCUGCACCGAGCCCAGAGGAGGAGGGGCUGCGACAGCCCCCCGGUGGUCCGAGGGAUGGUGAGGGACCCCAAGAGGGAGGGGCUCCGGGCCUACAGGGGCCUCAGACACACCUCCAAAUUAUGUGUGCUUUCAUAAAAGACUGGGACAGACGCUUGGUUUUUAUACACACUGCUUUUAUACAAAGAUGAAAUCAGUAGAAACACUGAGUUUUUUAUGUUGCAUUUUAUAUUGUUAAAAUAAUUGUGUUUAACUUCUUCCAAUUCAACUUUUAUGGAAAGCCUGAGGAUGGAGUCUACUGGAGAACUGCAGCAGUGUUGCUUCUGUUGAACUCUAUAGGUUAAGCAGAUGAGAUUCAGCUUGUUUUCUGAGAGUUGCAUGUCGGACAAUUAGAGUAAUAAGCAUAAUGAGCUAAUAUAUAGAAACGGAGCACACGUAAGCCCCGCCCACACAAGAGGGUUAAUCGCCUGUCUGGCUCUAAUCUCCUCUUGACGUGUGUUGUGUGAAGGUGCUUCCUUGUCAAUUCCGGCUGCUGGCCAAUAUCAGAAUAGUGUUUAAAAGCUGCUGUGAACUACUAACAGAACCCAGAACUAAGUUUUUAUAAGCUGAGGAACUAAGAAAAGUGUGAUCUCCUGAAACUCAGUAUGCCUAACGUUCUGUGUUCAGCAAACAUUUUGUCCCUAUAUCCAAAGUGAGUUUUGAAGUUUACGACAUUUCUGUAAGUUAAGCGAAAGCAUUUUGACAGGUUGCAACUUGCAUAAGAGUGGAAUGUUGAUAAAUGUCAGUAUUAUGUUUCCAAGUGCCUUAGCUUAGAGUACAGCUAACUUGUACUAGCAUACAUCUAAUGUAUGUAGCUUGACAGGCGCUUUGUUAGUGUUUUGGUGAAUAUUCUAGCCCAGUUAUUUUCUCCACCGGCGAGUGUUGUCUUCAGAGUAGUCUAUAUUGCAAGAAACUGGAAUGGCUAUUAUUUUUCUUUCUGUUAACUUAGACAGGUGAUCUAAGAGUCUAAAUCCAUGUUUGUAAUAUCAUGGAACUCAGUUGUUAUCAUGCUGCAGUCAUGCAACCAUUCCUCUUUAGUAUAUUUAGCAUAAAUUAUGUUAAAAAAAAAAAAUGGCUAUAUUUUUGCUUUUAGUCAACAUAGAAAGGUGAUCUGGGCAACCCUCAUUCCCUCAUAGUUGGGAUUUAAAACAGAAUGUGAACUUUUGUUUUUUGCAAAUAUACACUCACACUUUCUGUUUAUAUUUACAAUUUACUUUUUGGGAAUCAGGGUUGUAUUUACAAUAAUUAGCUCAUUAUCAGGUAGAGAACAAAAUCAAAAUCAAGAAAGAUUUCCCAGAAUUAUUUUAUUUUAUGGUGAUGUACUGCAUAGUGCAUAAAUGUAAGAAAACAUUUCUAUCCUCAUUGUUGUGCCUUAUAAGCAUAAUC